AUGUGCUACUUCCUCAGCGUCCGCUACACGCGCUGCCACCACCGCAUCGUCUUCAUCGCACAGACACCCCCCUACUCCUGCACCGACAACUGCCCCACCCCCACCUCCCCCGUCUCCGACGACGUCCAGCACUCGCGCUCAAACCGCACCCUCUGCCCCUCCUGCUACGCCGCGCGCCACCCCACGCGCCCGAUCCACCCACCAAUCCUCCGCGAGCCCGCGCCAGACGUGAUUACGUUUGUCAGCCCCGUGGUGACGGGCGAGUACGACGGCGACGAGCACACGCUUGAUCGCUUCCGCAGGAAGCGUAGGGAGCAUCGGGCGCGGCAGGCGCGGAGGGGGAGGACGCAGGUGGAGGGUGUGGGUGUGGCGGAGCAGGCGGUGCUGAAUGGGGGGUGGCUGGCGGCGAAGAGGAAGAGGAGGGUGUAUGAGGAGGACGACUCGGACUAUGAGGAGGAGGAUACGAGGAACUUUGACCAGGUGCUGAGGGGCCUCAGGGGGAUUCAUGAUGGGGAGCAUGAUGUGGAGAGGGAGCGCGGGGGGGGGAUACGGUGGGUGGAGAGGUUCUUUGCGGGGGAGCCGGAUUACGAUGAGGAUGAUGAGGAUGGGGAUGAGGAGGACGAGGAGGAGGAGGCCGAGGGGGGGUUUAAGGAUGUUGCGGAGUUUGAGAGCUUGCCUGCGGGCCUGUCUCAGGGUAGUGCGGGUUGUGAGGUUGGGUUCGACGGUUUGGAGGCGGGGAGUCAGCCGGGAGGGCGUGCUGGAAUUGGCCUUGCAUCGGUGUCCGUUGCGGCCACGGGUCGCCGGAAUUCUGUAUGA